AUCAAUACGUUACUGCCACCAGCAGUUUCAGGAGGAUUUUUUUUCAUUCAUUAAUUCAUUUAAGGCGAAAAUGUCACUUUGACAAUUUGUGUGCAGCGUUGCAACAUUUUUGACCGGUAUUUAGGGCCCUAAUCAAAAUGCGAGCAAAUACUGUCCAAAAAAACAUUAUUGCGAGUUUUCCCUCCAAAAAACAAAUUGACUGAUGUAAUUUGAUACUCAUUGCAAUAAAAAAAGGUCAAUAACAUUAAAAAAGGGGCGUAAAGAAGCUCAAGUUUUUUAUCAAAUUAAUUUUCAACCGUGUGACUUUGAGGUAAAAAUAGAUUAAAAAACUCUUUGUGACUAUUUUAAAAACAUAAAAGUGGACCUGAAAUAAAUAAAAAUGAUAAAUUGAAAAUGUGGUUGCACACUUGGCAACUCUGCACCACCCCUGACAUCUGAUUGUGACACUAGUGACAGUUCAAGUGUUUGGAGGUUAAGUUCAAAUUAUAGUUCUGAUUUUUGAGUACUGACGUGUAAAGUGAAUGUUUUAUAACAAUGGAUUAACAAUUAUUUUUGCGUUGUCUACAAUUUAAAGUUAUAUCAAUUGCUACUUUCAAGCCGUGUGACUAAUCUGGAAGUAGCGAUGAUCUUUAGAUAAGUUUUCUUCUGAAGAUGGAUAAAGCUCAAAUUGCGUUAAACUCGAAUGAUGUGAAACAGGAGAACAAUGUAGUUGUAAAAAAGGAAAAGUUGCCUGAUGUGGACACCCACAAAGCUGGACUUGCAAAUUUCAGAGCGAUACUUUUCCUGCUUUUGUGGUACUUUUUCAGUGGUUGUACUUUAUUUUUAAACAAGUAUAUUUUGACGUACUUGAAUGGAAACCCCACAGUUUUAGGUGCUUGUCAAAUGUUGAUGACGGCCACUUGUGGAUUUGUUCAAUUAUACUUCCCUUGUGGGAUGUAUAAACCUUCCCAAAGGUUAAGUAAACCACCUGGAUUUUACAGACAUAUGGUUUUAGUGGGGUGCACAAGGUUUCUCACUGUAGUUUUGGGUCUGGUGGCUCUCAACUACGUUGCAGUGAGUUUUACAGAAACGAUCAAAAGUUCGGCACCUUUAUUUACAGUAUUGAUAUCUAGGUUUUUGCUAGGAGAACAAACAGGACUUUAUGUGAAUUUGAGUUUAUUACCUGUGAUGUCUGGAUUAGCCUUAUGUUCAAUUAAUGAAAUUAGUUUUGAAAUUCGUGGUUUUAUGGCCGCAAUGGCAACAAAUUUGACUGAAUGUAUACAAAAUGUGUACUCAAAGAUGUUAAUAUCAGGAGAUAAGUUCAAAUACACACCUGCAGAGCUUCAAUUUUACACCAGCAUUGCAAGUGUAGUUAUCCAAAUUCCUGCCACAUUGUUUUUAGUAGAUUUCACCCACAACAAGUCAAUUGAUUUGAACAUGGUUUUUUAUUUCAUGUUGAAUGGAGUUUUUUUCCACUUUCAAAGCAUAACAGCGUACGUUUUAAUGGACUACAUUAGUCCAGUGACCCACAGUGUUGCAAAUACAGCAAAAAGAGCUCUUUUAAUCUGGUUAUCUGUAAUCAUGUUUGGAAAUCAAGUUACAGUAUUGAGUGCUGUUGGAACUAUAACUGUGAUAGCGGGAGUAUUUAUGUACAUUAAAGCACAGGAAUAUGAUGAUAGGUUGAGUUCUGUUAAUUUAAUUCAGAGGAAGGUUCGUGCAAUUUAGGAAAUUUGGAAAAAGAGUCAAUUUUGAACAAUCUUCCAUCAAAUUUCUUUGUUGUUAUGAGAGACAGGGUCCAAAUUGUGUUUCAAAAUAUUUGAUAGCUCAAAUUCCCUAACUUGAUCCGUUUUGACCUAUUAUUAUUUAUUUUAUUUAUUUAGUAAAGUGAGGUUUUUAUGGUUGUGUCAAUUUGAAAUGUAAGAGUACUUUGUAACAUUCCAGUUAUGUAAGUCGUGAAAAUGUACAUAUUGUAACUACAUUUUUAUACUGUAAAUUGUUUAGAGUACUGAUUAUUAAAUUGUUGAUUUAUAUUUGA